AUGUCACUCAGCUACCUUGACCUUAUGGCGCGUCGUCGGGAUGCUUUGAGGCGGCAGACGCAGAGCCGAGUGGAUAGCGCAAGGUUGGGUGCUCGUAGGUUGACUGGGGACUCAGCAGUUUCUGGUGGAUUUACGGAUGGGUUGAACGAAGUAACAGCUGAGAUGACGCUGCAAGUGCGCCUGGUGACGGAGGCCAUGCUGUUCAACUCGGUGACAGUGCGUAUGGCUGACAUGACACAGGAGGCCUUCUUGUCACCUCUCUUGUCAUACUUCAUUGACGGGUUGGCGGCCAUCAUACCGUGCCCGAGGGAGAACAUUUUUAUUUUUAAUAUUCAGGACGACACGGACGUGGAGUCGCGCAUCCUGAAUGUGAGCUUCUCGGCCAAGCGGCCCGACGUGCCCGGCGAGGAGUUCUACGCGCCGCAGUUCCUCCGCGAGCGAGUGUAUCUCCACCGCGCCGACCUGGUCAAGCUCGCCACCGUGGAGGUCCUUCCCUUCGACGACACCCUCUGCGUCCGCGAGCCCUGCCUCAACUUCGAGGAGUGUCUGAAUGUGCUCAAGUUCGGCAAUGCUUCGGGUUUUAUAUCAUCCAAUAGCAUUCUUUUCCGUCCGAUUUAUCCGGUCAACACAUUUGCUUGCAGGUGCCCCAAGGGCUUCACCGGAAUGCGGGAACACUACGAGUGCGACACAGAGGUCAACCUCUGCUACAGCAACCCCUGCGGCAACCACGGCACCUGCAUGCGGAGGGAAGGAGGCUACACCUGCGUUUGUCUUCCGGAAUUCACAGGCAAAAAUUGCGAAGUAAACAUGCUGAGUGGCCCCUGUGUGGACGGCAUAUGCGUACAUGGCAGUAAAUGUACGGAGGAGGACGGGCGAAGUGGAAACGGGGCAGGAGGCUUCAAGUGCACCAACUGUACACGUUCGUUGUACCACACCUCCACGUGCGAGCUGCGGGCGAGGAGGUUCUCUCGAGGGGCUUUCCUGACCUUCCCGACUCUGAAGCAGCGACACAGGAUUCAUAUCAAGAUGAGCUUCGCCACGAGGGAGCGCGACGGCCUCCUCCUCUACAACGGUCGCUACAACGAGAAACACGACUUCGUGGCCCUGGAGGUGGUGGGCGGGGCCGUCAUGUUCUCCUUCAGCCUGGGCACCGCCACCACGAGGGUCACGGCCACGGUGCCCGGCGGCGUCGACGACGGAGACUGGCACACCGUCACCGUGGAUUACUAUAACAGGAGCGCCACCAUCAGCCUCGACCACUGCGACUCCGCGCUCGCCGUCCGCUUCGGCCACCAGAUCGGGGACUACCACUGCGCCAACACCACGGCUCAGAUUCUCGACCCGAGGUGUGCCAGCUUGACGGAGUCCUGUCAUAGGUUCUUGGACGUGACAGGGCCCCUUCAGAUAGGUGGCCUGCCCGCCCUCCCCACAACUUACCAGGUCAGCCAGCAGCACUUCCAUGGAUGCAUCCGCGAUCUCUAUGUCGACCAUAAGUUCAUCGAUUUGGAUUCAUACGUAGCAGAUAACGGCACUUACCCAGGCUGCCCCGAGAAGAACAGCUUUUGCCGCUCUCACCCGUGUCAGAACGGCGGCUCUUGCAGGGAGACCUUUGGCACCUUCGUCUGCACUUGCCCGACGGGCUGGGGCGGGAGGUACUGCUCUGAAGAGCUUGAGGUGGUGAAGCAGUUCACGGGCGAGGGCUUCCUGGUGGUGACGCCGCACUUGCAGUCCAUCAAACUACCGUGGAGCAACAGCCUCUCCUUCAGGACGCGAGAGCAGUUCGGUCUACUUGUCAUCACUGCCGUCGGACAGAACGCUAACAGUAUUAUUGAGCUGGUCGACGGCUUCAUCCAGUACCGCUACGAGAACACCACCAUGAAGCUGACGGAGACGCGCGUGGAUGACGGCCUGUGGCACAACGUGGAGGUGAAGUGGAUGAGCAGGGAGGUAUGGAUCAACCUGGAUUAUGGGAACUACGAGAUCACGCACUCGGUGGACUCGUGGGUGGCCGGGCUCUACAUCGGCAAGGUCUCGGUCGGGGGCGUCCAGCCCUCGGACCCCGCCAAGGUCACGGGCUUCAAGGGAUGCAUCAAGGAUGUCCGCGUGGGAAGCAACAAGAACAUCCUGGCGCACCCGACGCACGAGGGCGGCGCCCGCAACGGCUGCGUUGCCUCCGACCCCUGCACGUCGCGCCCGUGCCCCGCGAACUCGCAGUGCGUCAACACCUGGCAGGGUUACGAGUGCAAGUGCAACAAGGGCUUCUUCGGGGACAAGUGCGCGGACGUGUGCACGCUGAACCCGUGCAGCAACAACGCCACCUGCGUGCAUGACAUCCACUCCCCGAAAGGCUAUCGCUGCGAGUGCCCGACCUACAAGUUCUCUGGCGAGUACUGCGAGGUGGUGCUGGACCAGCCGUGCCCGACCAACUGGUGGGGUUACCCCGUCUGCGGCCCCUGCCACUGCGACGUCGACAAGGGCUACGACGGCGACUGUAACAAGACUAGCGGGGAAUGUCGGUGCGAGGAAAAUCACUACCAGCCGGAAGCCUCAGACGCCUGCUACGACUGCGACUGUUAUCUGGUGGGGUCGUAUGGGGGUUCAUGCGACCCUCUGACGGGCCAGUGUCGGUGUCGCCCCGGGGUCAUCGGUCGUCGCUGUGACCUUUGUGCAAACGCCUUCGCUCAGGUCACGAUUAGAGGCUGCGAAAUCGUGUACGACGGAUGCCCCAAGAAUUUCGACAUGAUCUGGUGGGAGCAGACGGCCUUCGACGGAAAGACGGUCCAGCCGUGUCCCGCAGGAGCUCAAGGGCAGGCCAGCAGGUCGUGCCACAAGGAAGUCGGAUGGGGAGCUCCGGACAUGUUCAACUGCGUGUCGGAUACUUUCAUCGAACUGAGGGAUCUGCUGCGGAGCCUCGAUAAUGAGGAGCUGGAGAUCACUACCUAUCUGGCCGUGAAGAUCUCCGAGGACCUCAACUACGCCUGCUCGAUCACGCCGUCCAUGUGGGGCUCGGACGUCCUCAUCGCCUCACGGCUUCUCAUCGUCCUCCUCGAGUACGAGGGUCACCAGGAGGGACUCAACCUGACUCACAGACAGGACCGCCACUACAUCCAGAACCUGGUGGAGUCAGCCAGCGUGAUCCUGCAGCCCCUGUACGCCGGCCACUGGCAGCGAAUCAACGGCCUCAACGGCUUCGGGGCCGACUCGCUCCUCACCAAGCUGGACGAGUACGUGGCAACGCUGGCCACCAACCAGGGCGACACAUAUACCACGCCCUUCGAAGUGCCCACCAAGCAAGUCGUGUUCGGGAUGGACACAGUCUCCGCCGACGAACUGUACGGCUAUAGUCGGUCUGGGUACGUAGCGGGGCACGAGGACCGCGUCGAGCACGUGAUUAUACCCGAGACUUCGUCCUUGGUGGACCGCCACUACCCGGGCAAGGGGGAGGCUUCGGUAAUCGUGCCCAAGUACAACAACUACCUGAAGAACCAGCAGCUAUGGGUCCACGACACGAACAUCAGGAUCCCCCUCUCGCUGCUCGGGAUCCCCAAUGUGGCGAAGGGCGAGACCUCGACGGGCGAGACCCUGGGCAGCCACCGCGCGGUCGUCAGCUACGUGGUGUUCCGCUCGCUUGGCCUCCUCCUCCCGGAGACCUACGACGGCGACGUAGAGCAGCGCUGGGGCGUCGGGCUGGCCGUCCGCUCGCCGGUGUUCACGGUGGCGGUGCACACGGAGCACGGGGGGCUCAUCAAGGACAAGCUGGGCGUCCAGGUGCGGCUGCGGUUCCGGGUGGGCCACGUCGGCCGCCGCUCCAACCCGCAGUGCGUCACGUGGGUCACCAAGCCCGACAGCAAAGAGGGCGUGUGGACCCGCGAGGGCUGCGUCACGAGCGCCGCCGAGCGAGGCUACGGGGAUUACGUCAACGACACCUUCAUCAACUGCACCUGCGACCACCUCUCCAGUUUUGCCGUCAUUCUGAACGACGCAGAAGCAGAGUUCCUUGCCGAGCCGUCCAUCGCCGAGGACGUGACGACCUACACCGGCCUCAUCCUGUCGCUGGUGCUGCUCCUCCUCGCCUUCAUCGCCUUCUGCCUCCUCCGCGGCGCCCAGACCAACUCGAACACGAUCCACAAGAACCUGACUGCUUGCAUCUUCAUUGUGCAGCUGCUUUUCCUCGCGGCUCUAAAGAUCAGGCAUAUUCUUGUGCAACAGGAGUUCCCUUGCAAAAUGGUAGCCAUCGGCCUCCACUACUUCUGGCUGUGCGUGUUCACGUGGCUGCUCAUCGAGGGCGUUCACCUGUACCGGAUGCUCACGGAGAUGCGCGACGUGAACCACGGCCAGAUGCGGUUCUACUACUCCUGCGGCUACGGGCUGCCCGCCAUCAUUGUGGGCCUGUCCGUGGGCGUGCGCGCCGACCAGUACGGGAACUACUUCUUCUGUUGGCUAAGCAUCUACGAGAACGUGGUGUGGGCCUUGGUGGGCCCGAUCUGCACCAUCGUCAUCAUCAUUCUGCUGGUGUUCGUCCUGGCCAUCCGCGCUUCCCUCACCCUCAAGGGACAUAUCGAAGGAUUCGGAAACCUCAGGACGCUGCUGUGGCUGGGCAUCCUGUUCCUGCCUCUCCUCGGGGCCACGUGGGUGCUGGCGGUCCUCUCGGUGUCAGAGGACCUCGAGAUCCUGCACUACUUCUUCUCGGUGUUCUCCCUGCUGACGGCCCUCUUCGUACUCGUAGGAUACUGCCUCCUCAACAGCCGUGUCAGGGACUCACUCUACUUCAUGUUCCUGGCCUGCACAGGGAGGAAGGUGCCCUACCAGGAGACCCUGAGCGUCGCGCGGCCGUCGCACUCCUCGCGUUCAGCCCUCACCUACAACGACGACUUCAACAUCCUGCGGCGCAACAUCGGCAUCUCCACGGCCAGCACGACCUCCCGCUCCACCUGCAAGACCUCCAGCUCGCCCUACAGUCGGAGCGAGGGCGUGGCGGUGGGCGGGCGGGUGGCCUCCUCCAGCACGCCCAGCAACUACAACUCCAACACGGAUAUCAACUCCCAGGCGCAUUCGGUCAAGUCGCCGUACGCGUACAACGACUCCACAAUGUUCCAUAGGAAACACGGCGGUCGAGGAGGAAGACGUCGAGAGAGCGAAAGCGAGAGCGAGCUGAGCCUCGACCACCGCUCGCUCGACCUCGCCUCCUCCCACUCGAGCGACGAGGACGACACCACGACCCACAACGGAACACUCAGGGUCAACGAACGACGCACCAAUCCGCCGCCCGUUCCUCCCAAACCAUCGAGUUAUCUGCCGAACAUCUACGACCUCGACACCACGGCGGAGGCGCUUCCCCCCGCCCCCCAUAGCAUGCCCGGGGGAGGUGGGGGAGGGCCGCCCUUAGGAGGGGGUCCGGGAGGAUCGCCUUUCCUGCACAACAUUCGUCCGCUCUUCGCCACUCGCUGGUCCUCGCAGCUGGACUCCACUUACCCCUACAAAGAGCACAACGUGCCGUCGCCUCUGUGGGCCAGCGAGAGGCUCUCCACCACCACCGCCUCAGACAACGAGAUGCAAGACAAGGCGGACAAUUUGAGAGUAGAGUCCCGUCCUUCCCUUGCUCGGUAUAUGGACCAGAACCGCGGCCGUUAUUCCCCCGCCGAGAACCAGUACGGCACGUACUCGCCCUCGAGCAAGCACCGCUUCUCGCCGGACCCGAAAAAGUUCUCGACGCUGGAUGCCCGACGAAACUCCCCGGACGCCCGCCGUUACUCUCCUGACGUGAGUGGGCGCCUAUAUCCAGGGCAAGUGCCUGAGGGGAGCCCGUACGCCCACGAGAGCCCCUACGCCCACAGCGGGCGGAGAAUCUCGCCGGAGAACCUUGUGGUAAGAACGGAGUCGCGCGCCAGCAGGUCGAGCGUGGACAGCAUGGACAAGAGGCGCUACUCGCCCACGCACCAGGCGCAGCAGCAGGCCGCAGGGACGCCCAGGAGCCAGAAGAGGUUCUUGCAUCAGCUGGCGGAAGACCCGAGUCCCGAGGCCCUCCCGGCACCGGUCGUGGGCGGCGGCGCGGGCGGGGAGAGCAGCGUGGAGGAGAACAACCUCAAUAUCUCGCCCUCAGACCCCCCUCAGUCGCCCUCCCCGCCCCCCAUCCUCCCCGCCGCCCUCAUGGCCACCCACAAGAUCCGCGCCAUCACGCUGGGGAUCUCAGACUCGGACAAAGACAGCACUGAAACCACCGUGUGACAACCCUCCCUCAUCGCUGCGCCUGACGGGACAACCAGACGAAGAAGUAUGAAGAGAGAACGGGAAGGGGAAAUUAAAACGAUAGAGGUGUAAACAGUAAACGGGAAAAAGUUUAAACAAAACGGAAAGGUGUAAACUGAGACCGGAAAAGUGCAAAGAGAAGGGGAAACAUUGUGAAGAGAAGCAGACAGGUUGAGAAAAAGAGAGCUGAAAAAAUGUGGAUAGAUAUGGCCGAUAUUGUCACGAAAUAUGUCACAAAUGUAUAGAUUUUCAAAGAUAUUUUUAUAUUUUACCUUUGUCUUUCAGUUAGAUCACUUUUUUCUGAUAGUGGUUUACAUUUUUGUGAUUUUGUCACCUAUAUGCAUUCGAAGUCAAUCCUCAGUUAUGGUUAGUUGUAUACAGAUCAUUUAUUAUAUAAUUUGAAAAGGAUAAGAAUACACACUGUAAAGGACGUGAUAAAAGUACAGUAGUCUCCCAUAUAGUGGACUUCAAAGAAAACGGAAACCCACCAAUCAUGGCAAUUUAUAUUACUAAGUCUUAUUGUGCUUCGCUUCCAAGACAUUCCUCCUUAGAGCUCUCGACGAAGAAACGAAAACAAAGGAUGAUACGACAGAACGCAAGUGGGCUUUUAGUCAAGUGGAGAGACGAUCGUGUUUUGCAAGAGAUGUUGAAAUGUCUAUAGAUCGUUACCGCUUAUAACCUGCAAGUUGCAAUGUAUUCUCGACGUGUCAUUCAUCUAUUGUGCGGUUUAUUAGUGUUGUGUAUACAAGUCACUCUUCAUCUUGCUUGUGUGAUUAACUUAAAAUAAAAUCUUUGUCCGACCCGCAGCCGAUAAUAUUUAAUAGACUUUAUUUAGAGAUAGGAACAGUAAUUUAUUUUACAAAUUACUUGUAGAUAUAUGUAUAGACGCAUCUUCCACUACGAUAAAAAGCUUAUUGUUGAAAGUGGAAAAUGAUGAGCGAAAAAACUAUAAAAUUGUUUCGUCCAUGAGUGAAAGGCGUUGGUUUUUGAGUGGUGAGAAAAAAUAUGAUAAACAAGGAAUAGAGGAGAAAAAGAAAAGAUUGAAUUUGUUAGUGAAAACCAAACGGGAUAAAACAAAAAGACUUAACGAUAAGGAACAUUUCCCUGGGACAAAUUGAAAUAAAAACCAGAAUUAGGACCACCAAGAGAAGUGCAAUGUCUGUAUGUAGGCCUACAAGUGAGGCUCUAUAGCCAGAGUGUGAGUAAAUGUGUCUGUGUAUGUGAGUACAAGCGGCCACCGCCAGAGAUACUACAGCAUGCUGCAUCAUCCCUGGUACAGUUCUGAGGCUUAACUUAUUUAUGUGUAUAUUCUCAGUGUACAUAGAAUGUGAGUGUGGAACUUUCAAUUUGUCUUCAAAGAUUUUUUUUAUACACGAUACAAUAGAAAAAAGACAUUUCUUCGAUGUAGGCCUUCAUAUAUAUAAAUUGAGUGUGUAGCACGUGGCAUUCAGAGUACAUGCCUGAUGGCCGUGCACGGAUAUUCCUCGUGCAGGCAGACUACCUGUUCAGAGUCCAUUGAACGCUGUACGAGAGGUGACCCAACUCGCGUGUUGUUCCUCCGAGCAACAGGGUCGCUUCGAAUGACCUCCGUUCAGCUCUGAGUGACCUGGGUUCACUCCACCUGGCCUCGGGUGAACCGCAGGUUGGGUUCGCGCGUUCGAACUGUAACUGUUCAUUUUGGUCUCAAUUUUGUUGUUGAUAUUCAAAGUCUUCGUUACACUGCACAUUCAUGUUUUUGUUGUAUUUGCUUGUGUAAUGUACAAGUUGUAUAUUGAUUUUUAUUUCAGUACAAAAAUCUCUUUAUGUGUAAAUAUCGGUGUAAAUAUUUUAAUAAAUGUAAAAUUGUCAACAA